CGUCAUGUGUCAUGUCAGACGCGCGAGCCGCUCGUGACAGCCCCAUCUCGCGCGUGAGGUCUCGACGGCGGCGGCGGCGGUGAGUGAGUGAGAGAGAGAGAGAGAGAGAGAGAGAGAGAGAGAGAGGCUCCUCCGGUCUGUGCGGUGAAGAGCAGCGCCUCAUGGCUACCGCUCUGCUCAGGAGAAGUGCGUCUUCCACUCAGGCGCCACAGGAGUCCUAUAACACGCCUGUGACGGUGGCCGAGGCGGCGCACGGAGACGUUUUCCGACCUCAAGAGCGUCUCCCAGGGAGGAGCAGAUUUAAUGGCACCCCUCCAGAUCAGCACACUCUGAUGGACAAAUACAUGCCACCUCAGUUUCAGACCAUGCCAGAGCAUAAGAAGUUUAAUCAGAACAAUUUCAUGAUCACGGACCAAGGUUCACCUUACAGCAUCAACAUGAACGUCUUCCUGCCCGAUGUCCCGUACCUGCGUCCUGGUCUCUGUCGACCUACAAGGCCCACACCAGCACCCCAAAUGAAAUCAGAACCCAUGCAUCCAGUCAACUACCCGAGCUGCCACAGCACCGUUCUGUCACCUGCUCCACCGUCAGAAUACACGCACCACUUCAGCCCUGCCAGUGGAACAUGCAGCUCUGCAUUCAUCAAGCAGGAGACACCGGAGCUUGACUACCAAGAUGUUCCUCUAUUCCAACUUCUGAAUUCAGACCUAGACCCUGUAGUGCCCGGUCCCCACUCUGGUGUUUGCUCAUCUAUGUCAUCAUACAACAGCAUGAAUUCAUCCAUUACUCCCACUGCAAGAAGACCCAUGUGUGAUAUGGGCAGCUGUGGGACUUCACCAGCCGGUCACUUUGGUCGGAGUCAUCAGCAGCUGAAUGUGCCGUACCUUCCCCCCUCCCCUCCAAACUCUGAGCCCAGCAGUCCUGACAGGAGAAAAGAACUCUUGCACAAGCUCUCACCUCCUCCCUCUUAUGCUGCCAGUAUUGCAUCUAAACUGGUAGGGCCGGCUUUAGGCCCUCAAGCAGCCGUACCAGUACAAAUACAGGUCAUGCCUGCCAGGCACAACCGCAGGAACAAUCCUGAUCUAGACAAGAGGAGGAUACAUCACUGCAAUAUCCCAGGUUGUAAGAAAGUCUACACCAAGUCCUCCCAUCUGAAGGCACACUUACGGACUCAUACAGGAGAGAAGCCGUACCAGUGCACCUGGGAUGGCUGUGAUUGGCGUUUUGCCCGUUCUGAUGAGCUGACGCGUCACUACAGGAAGCACACGGGUGCUAAACCCUUUCACUGCCUGGUGUGCAGCCGCAGCUUCUCACGCUCCGAUCACCUGGCCCUGCACAUGAAGAGACACCAGAGCUAGAACCAUAAUGCCAUAACUCCUUUUCUUUCUGUCAGUAGAACUUGGAUGUGUUGGGUUUGGCAGCUCAUGAGGUACAAAUAUUAAACUAUGUCAGCACUAGACCUGUAACCCUGUGGAACACAGCAUCUUCAUGAUGUAACUUAGCUGGGAGUUUUUUUUCAUCAGCUUUUUUUUUUUAAUAGUACUAGUACAUUAGUUUUUUGGGGGUUUUUUUUCAUAAAAAUGUGCCUUUUCUGUAUUUUGAAACAUAAGUCACCUUUAAUGCAAAUAUAUUCUUAAAUCCACUAUACAGUUAAUCAAAGUGAAAUCGAAAGCUCAACUUAUUUGGAAAACCCCAUGCAUUAAUGAGAUUAACUGCCAUUCUUAAAGAACAAGUUGAUUUUGAAGUGUUUCGUAAAUUCUUACGGGAAGCACCGAGUAAACAAAGAAUCGAAUCUGAAAUGCCAAAGAAAACGUCUCACUAAUUUAUUCCUGUACAUCUGUCACAGCUAAAUUAUAUGAAUCAUUUUCAAGUAGGGUUUUGUUUUUGUACAGGAAGAUUUUAUUCUUAAUCAGAGCACAUCACAGAAACUGAAAUCAUUUAUGAGAGAUUUUAAAUAUUUUAUUUGGGACAUCAAUAGCUUUAUGUGUAAAUAUUGUAAUUCAUUUACUCUAUUUAUUUUUUUCAGAUUUUUUUUUACUGUAUAAAGUUCUUCUCUAUGCACAUAUGUGACUAGAGCUACGGGAAUGAUGGUUUUAAUGAUUAAAAUAAAACUUUUAGAUAAGAACUACGUGAUAGUUUUUGGAUAACAGCUGUAGCAGAAAACACUUCAUUUUGUACAUGUCUAGCUUACAGUGCUUUGUAUCUACUGUAUACUGUAUCAUUUCUGUUUUCACAUAUUCUGUUGCAGGCCUGCUCUCCUAGUGACAAUGUAAUAAUGAUAGCAAAGAUCAUAUCAUUUCAGAUGAAGGAUUGUAACAGCGAGUGGCUUUUAUAUGGUUCACAUCAAGAUCUAAUUUCAUAAACUCAAUUUGUGCCUACAGUAAAAGCGGAAGCUUUAAAAUACAGCGAUACAUUUGUAUUUGGACAGCGUUUGAGUCAGAGAUUUCAUGUUUAAUUACCAAAUCCUGCUUCAUUAUUUUCCACAGAAUCAUUGUGUGUGUGUGUAAAUCACAGUAACUCCCUUGCUGUACAAGUUGAACUGGCAUGUCCUGCUGUUCUGUUCCAAGGCAUUAUGCCUUACCACACCUGCCACCCUUUAGGCACAUAGCUGAAUGAUAAUAGGUGUGGUACAAUAACAGCAUAAUUAAACUGAAUUGAUACAACUAA